GCCAUUUUGAAAGAAUGAAAACAGAAGGAUUUCAUAUUUCCGGUUAAGAGUUUUUAGAAUAGAAGAAUGAAUUGGAAGUAGCAUAAACUAAAUUUYAGUGAUGAGCAGUACUGAGGAUCCAAAUCUACCCAGCAAAAUGGAAAAAACAGGGUUCAAAACAAUCGAAACUGUUGGGCGCCUGGUUCUUUUCAUCAUUGUUCGUUUUUGGAGAUUUUGUAGCGCUGCAAUGCUAACGUUAUUGCUWCUUUACUGGCUUUAUGGCGGCGUGGUGAUCUUCCUCCUUCUCACAGCUGCAGUUUUAGGAGCUCUGUAUCACUAUCAAGACUCGUUCUUGUAUUUUCCUGAGCAACCUUUAUCRUCAAGAGUCUUUGUCCAAAAUGCUAGAGUUUUAGGCCUUCCUUACGAGAACUUGUAUAUACGAACUCAAGAUGGUAUCAGAAUUAAUGCUCUUUUUAUCAARCAACCCCCUCAACUUCAAGCUCAAGCACCUACAGUUUUAUUUUUCCAUGGAAAUGCUGGUAAUAUUGGUCACAGACUAUUGAAUGCCAAAGCAUUGCAUGCUCACUGUUAUUGCAAUGUGAUGCUCGUGGAAUACAGGGGUUAUGGGAAGAGYGAGGGCUCACCUAGUGAAUAUGGUUUUACUCUAGAUGCACAAGCUGCGAUGGAGCACCUUCUUAACAGACCUGACGUUGAUGCAAGUCAGAUUAUUAUAUUUGGCCGAUCUCUUGGUGGAGCAGUAGCCAUAGACUUGGCUUCACAACCUCUGUUUGUAAAUAGAGCCUUUGCACUGAUCGUAGAGAACACUUUCACAAAUAUUCCAUCGAUGGCCAGUGAGCUACUUAGUGGACUUCAUAGAUUACCGUAUUUUUGCUUUAGGAAUAAGUUUGAUUCUAUUGCAAAAAUAAACAGCACAAGAGCCCCAACACUGUUUUUGUCUGGAUUGGCUGAUCAACUGAUUCCACCUAGAAUGAUGAAAUUACUUUAUCAGACUUCAGGAUCUACACUUAAGAGACUAGUGACUUUUGAUGGUGGCAGCCAUAAUGAUACUUGGCAAUGCUUGGGUUAUUUAGAAGCAAUUUGCAGUUUUAUYAGUGAGGUCCAGCAAGCCCAUAUAACUGGAGUAAUUACAAGCCCAGUGGUCAAYGAGGUCACUCCUCCUAACACCCCUUUGCACAAGGCUGGAAUGACACAAGACAUUUGAUUCAUAACUUUAACUUAUUUAAAUCAUUUUAUGGGAUAAUUUUAAUAAAACUCUUGAGUUUGAA